AAAAUGUCAGCAAAGGCUAUUUGUGAAGCCACCGGCAAGGAUAUUUUGAAUCGCCAUCUGAAUGCCAAUGGUGCCGGUUUCCAGACAUGCCGCUUUGCCACAGUCAACAUGAAAACCGAUUGGUCUCAAUUGGCUGUUGAACAGCCAUGGUUAUUGAAUACGCCAUUGGUUGUAAAACCCGAUCAACUUAUCAAAAGACGUGGUAAAUUGGGUUUGAUUGGUGUCAAAAAAUCAUUUGACGAAGUUAAACAAUGGAUUGGCGAACGCAUGGACAAAGAUCAACAGAUUGGCAAUGCCGUUGGCAAGCUGAGGAAUUUCAUUAUCGAACCAUUUGUGCCACACACAGAUGCCGAAGAAAUGUAUGUCUGCAUCUACUCUCACCGUACGGCUGACACCAUUCUAUUCUAUCACCAAGGUGGUGUUGAUAUUGGAGAUGUUGAUGCCAAGGCCUUGAAAUUGGAAGUGCCCGUAAACACUGACCUCUCGUUGAAUGACAUCAACGAGAAACUCUUGACUCAUGUGCCUGCUGCCAAAAAGGAGCGUGUUGCUAAUUUUGUUAAUGCCCUGUACAAGACCUAUGUUGAGUUGUAUUUUACAUAUUUGGAAAUUAAUCCCUUGGUGGUUACCGAUACCGAUUUGUAUAUAUUGGAUUUGGCGGCUAAGCUGGACUCAACCGCUGAUUUCAUUUGCCGUCCUAAAUGGGGUGAUAUUGAAUAUCCCCCACCAUUUGGUCGUGAUGCCUUCCCCGAGGAAGCCUAUAUUGCUGAUUUGGAUGCCAAGAGUGGUGCUUCAUUGAAGUUGACAAUUUUAAACAGAAAUGGCCGCAUCUGGACCAUGGUUGCCGGUGGCGGUGCCAGUGUUAUUUAUUCCGAUACAAUUUGUGAUUUAGGUGGUGCCGCCGAAUUGGCCAACUAUGGCGAAUACAGUGGCGCUCCCUCGGAACAACAAACCUAUGAAUAUGCCAAAACCAUUUUGAAUCUAAUGACCUCCUCACCCAAACAUCCCGAGGGCAAGGUUUUGAUCACCGGCGGUGGCAUUGCCAAUUUUACAAAUGUUGCAGCCACUUUCCGUGGUAUAAUUACCGCCCUACGGGAAUUCCAACCCAAAUUGGUAGAACAUAAUGUUUCCAUUUUCGUGCGUCGUGCUGGUCCCAACUACCAAGAGGGCUUACGCAAGAUGCGCGAAUUUGGCAGCACCUUGGGUAUUCCAUUGCAUGUCUUUGGUCCCGAAACUCAUAUGACUGCCAUUUGUGGUAUGGCCUUGGGUAAGCGACCCAUACCAACGGCAGCAAAUGCUGAAUUUUCAACAGCAAACUUUUUAUUACCCGGCGGACAAAAUGCCCAGCCCGAGCUGAGAACCCUAACCGGUGAUUGCCCCAAUGGUGGUUUAGGUUCACCCCAACAAACGAUUAAACUCCCACCUAUCUCGGCAGAUGAUACGAAAAUCAACAAUGACGUUGCUGAUGGUGGCGUUAAUCUAACCCGUAAAUUCUUCACAAACAAGACCAAAGCCAUCGUCUGGGGUAUGCAGCAGAGAGCCGUACAAUCUAUGUUGGAUUUCGAUUUCAUUUGCAGACGCGAUGAACCAUCUGUUGUUGCCAUGGUCUACCCGUUCACCGGUGAUCACAAACAAAAAUUCUACUGGGGUCAUACGGAAAUUCUGAUUCCCGUCUACAAGAAAAUGUCCGAUGCCAUUAAUAAACACAAAGAAGUUGAUGUUAUGGUGAAUUUUGCCUCCUUACGUUCGGCCUACGAAUCGACAUUGGAAGUUUUGGAAUAUCCACAAAUACGCACCGUGGCCAUUAUCGCUGAAGGUAUUCCCGAAAAUAUGACACGCAAAAUGAUAUUGGCUGCAAAUAAGAAAGGUGUGGCGAUCAUUGGACCCGCCACUGUUGGUGGUGUUAAGCCAGGUUGCUUUAAGAUUGGCAACACUGGUGGUAUGCUGGACAAUAUUUUGCAUUCGAAACUCUACCGCCCCGGCAGUGUUGCAUAUGUCUCGCGAUCUGGUGGUAUGUCGAAUGAAUUGAAUAACAUCAUUUCAAAGGCCACUGAUGGUGUUUUGGAGGGCAUUGCCAUUGGCGGAGAUCGUUACCCCGGCACCACAUUUAUGGAUCACAUUAUGCGCUAUCAAAAUGAUCCCGAUGCCAAGUUAAUUGUUCUACUUGGCGAGGUAGGUGGCACCGAGGAAUAUGAGGUGUGUGCUGCCCUUAAGGAUGGCCGCAUUACCAAACCCUUGGUUGCCUGGUGUAUUGGUACCUGUGCCUCAAUGUUCACAUCCGAGGUACAAUUUGGUCAUGCUGGUUCAUGUGCCAAUUCGGAUCGGGAAACUGCCACGGCAAAGAAUAAGGCGCUGCGUGAAGCCGGUGCCUAUGUACCCGAUUCGUUUGAUUCAUUGGGUGAUUUGGUGCAACAAGUCUAUGCGGAAUUGGUGAAAUCGGGACGUAUAGUGCCACGCGAAGAAGUUCCACCACCCACUGUGCCCAUGGAUUAUGCCUGGGCUCGUGAAUUGGGCUUGAUUCGCAAACCGGCGAGUUUUAUGACCUCCAUUUGUGAUGAAAGAGGACAGGAGUUGAUUUAUGCCGGUAUGCCGAUUAGUGAAGUUUUGAAUAAGGAUGUUGGUAUUGGUGGUGUUAUUUCGCUGUUGUGGUUCCAACGUUGUUUGCCACCCUACGUCUGUAAAUUCUUUGAAAUGUGUUUGAUGGUCACGGCAGAUCACGGGCCAGCUGUAUCUGGUGCUCACAACACAAUUGUGUGUGCUCGUGCCGGCAAGGAUUUGGUGUCCUCGGUUGUCAGUGGCCUUUUGACAAUUGGUGAUCGUUUUGGUGGUGCUCUUGAUGGUGCUGCUCGCCAAUUCUCCGAGGCCUAUGACUCCAACUUACAUCCCAUGGAUUUCGUAAAUCAAAUGCGCAAGAAGGGUCAAUUGAUUAUGGGUAUUGGACAUCGUGUCAAAUCCAUUAACAAUCCCGAUGUGCGUGUCAAGAUCAUCAAAGAAUUUGUUAUGGAUAACUUCCCCGCCUGCCCCUUAUUGAAAUAUGCCUUGGAAGUCGAAAAGAUUACCACCAGCAAAAAACCCAAUUUGAUUCUCAAUGUUGAUGGUGUCAUUGCCACCUGUUUCGUUGAUAUGUUGCGGAACUGUGGAUCAUUUACCAGUGAGGAAGCCCAAGAGUACAUUAAUAUUGGCGCCAUCAAUUCCUUGUUUGUGCUCGGUCGCAGCAUAGGUUUCAUUGGCCAUUACAUGGAUCAGAAACGUUUGAAACAAGGACUUUACCGCCAUCCUUGGGAUGAUAUCUCCUAUGUGAUGCCCGAACAAUUUAAUUAAG